AUGGAGGCCUUUUACCCACAGCUCACUCCCCAAGAGCUGCAGCGACAGAUGUCGCAACAGUCUCAGCAACGCCAGAUGCAGGGCCAAGGCCAAGGACGCGGUCACGCCUAUCACCAAAUGAAUCAAGGUCAUGGCAUGACAAUGAUGGGUGGCAACGGCGACUCGCUCGACGACAUUAUCAACAGUAACAACCAUGAAAUGCAACGGCGCCGCAGCAUACACCAACCAUACAUGCCCUCAAACCAGAACACACAAAAUGCCGGCGCCGACAGGAGGAUGUCCAUGAUGGAGUUCGGCGCUGAUGAUAAUCAGAUGCUCAAUUAUCCUUUCCAGAACCCCGCCAUGAAUGGCGAGUUCUCUAAUAUGGCCGGCCAGAUGGGCAACGGCAUGAAUGGCGGCAUGGACGGCGGUAUGACGAACAACGGAGGGAUGGGCAAUAGUGUUCCCGGAAACAUUUCCAUACCUGGAGGCAUGGAUGCGUACUCUACCCAAGACGGGCUGCAGAUGUCGCCGACAAAUGCAUUCAGCACCUUUUCUCCCGAUAUGAUGAGCUCGAUGAUGCCCCCGGCGUACGCAAACAUGGCUAUGCCGACGACAUCGAGUAUGAAUAUGUACGGCCAAACAUCCAUGGCCAACGCUUUCCCGAGCCCAUUGAACACCACUGCCAACGACAUGACCAUGGACCUAGGGGCCGAUGAAACACCCGGAACAGCACCACAGUCUGCCCUCCCUACGCCGCUAGAUAUCGACAACGUAGACAACGAGGCUAUGAGUAUGGGUCAGCAACAAUAUCAGACGCCGGCAGAAACCUCGAAUAGGGCCAUUUCACAAGUUCCCAAGUUCGGCUCCGUUUCAAGCGGUCCUCAGACAACUCCGUCAACAUUAUCCCGCGAAGUGUCAAUCAACUCUGGCAAGACUUCUUCGCAGUCCCCCAACAACCGAUCAUCGUCCAUGACAACGAGCCAGACAGCAGCCUCUGCUGCACCUACCGCAACUGCAGAGACUACUCCGGCUAUGGGACCUCAAACCCCUCGUGCAGAGUCCAAGGAGAAGAAUCUCUACUCAAAGAGCGGCUUCGACAUGAUGCGGGCGUUAUGGUAUGUCGCUACAAGAAAGGAUCCCGAGAUCCAUCUAGGCGCCGUAGACAUGUCUUGCGCAUUCGUGGUCUGCGACGUGUCACUCAACGACUGCCCUAUUAUUUACGUCUCUGAUAACUUUCAGAACUUGACGGGGUACAGCCGCCAUGAGAUUGUUGGCCAAAAUUGUCGAUUCUUACAAGCUCCCGACGCCAAGGUUGAAGCUGGUUCCAAGCGUGAAUUUGUGGACGACGCGUCGGUCUACAAUCUCAAGAAGAAGAUUGCGGAAGGCCGUGAGGUUCAGCAAAGUCUGAUCAACUAUCGCAAGGGCGGCAAGCCUUUCCUCAACCUUUUGACAAUGAUUCCAAUUCCUUGGGACGACCCCAAUGAGGUGCGAUUCUUCGUCGGUUUUCAGAUCGACCUAGUUGAGUGCCCGGAUGCCAUCUCUCAGGGCCAGGAUGCAGGAGGUGUCAAGGUCAACUACAAACAUAGCGACAUUGGCCAGUAUAUUUGGACGCCUCCGAACCAAAAUACCGUCGAAGCCGAAAACGGACAGACAUUGGGUGUCGACGAUGUGUCUACCCUGCUGCAGCAGUUCAACCCCAAGGGUGUGGUGUCGGACUGGCACAAGCAAUCCUGGGAUAAGAUGCUGCUCGAAAAUACCGACGACGUUGUUCAUGUCCUUUCACUCAAGGGGCUGUUCCUCUACCUUUCACCCUCCUGCAAGAGAGUCCUGGAGUACGAUGCGACAGAGCUGGUAGGGAACUCUCUUUCGACCGUAUGCCACCCCUCCGAUAUUGUGCCCGUCACCCGUGAACUCAAAGACGCCACGGCGGGUAAUUCGGUCAACAUCGUCUUCCGCAUAAGGCGGAAGCAAAGCGGCUACACGUGGUUCGAAAGCCACGGCUCAUUAUUUUUCGAACACGGAAAGGGUAGAAAAUGCAUCAUUCUGGUAGGGAGAAAACGACCCGUUUUCGCAUUGAGCCGGCGAGACCUAGAAGCACACGGAGGCAUCGGCGACAGCGAGUUGUGGACCAAGAUCUCGGUAUCCGGCAUGUUCCUCUUCGUGUCUUCCAACAUCCGGUCUUUGCUCGACUUACAGCCAGACACUCUGAUAGGCACUAGCAUGCAAGAGCUCAUGCGCAGGGAGAGUCGUGCCGAAUUUGGCCGAGCAAUCGAAAAGGCAAGGAGAGGCAAAAUAGUGACAUGCAAACACGAGGUCCAUAACAGGAGAGGACAGGUACUUCAGGCACAAACGAUUUUGUACCCUGGAGAUGCCUCAGAUGGUCAGAAACCCACGUUCUUGUUAGCGCAGACCAAGCUCCUCAAAGCAUCAUCGAGGACCAUCGCGCCGGCGGCUACACCCCCUGGAAGCGUCAAAUCGACCUCCCAGAUCAACCAAAACCUACAACUCACAGCACCGAAUACUGAUCUCACAAAGGCCGGUCCGUUGUCGUUACCAGGCGGUCAAGCGAUGCCGGGCUCUCAGGAUGCUGCUCUCGCUUCGGAAGACAACAUUUUUGACGAGCUGCGGACGACCAAGUGCUCCAGCUGGCAAUUCGAGCUACGCCAGAUGGAGAAGGUCAAUAGGAUUCUCGCCGAGGAACUGGGCGGUCUAUUAUCAAACAAGAAGAAGAGAAAGAGGAGAAAGGGUGUAGGCAACGUCGUCCGGGACUGCGCCAACUGCCAUACGCGCAAUACGCCCGAGUGGCGACGAGGUCCUAGUGGUCAAAGAGACCUCUGCAACAGCUGCGGUUUACGCUGGGCAAAGCAGGUUGGACGGGUUUCGCCGCGCAAUUCGUCUCGAGGAGGCGCAAACACCAACGCAGACGCACUCAGUAAGAAGUCGAACUCACCAAUACACUCGUCUCAGCUCCAAAACGAAGUCAAGGCAAACAACAGUACGCCAGCGAGACCCAGCGACGGUUCAUCAGGGAAUGGUACACCUGCCACUUCCGUUUCCGUCUCUAAAAGUCACCAAGGCAUGCCCCCUCCGAGCCAGCCUCUUCUCGAAGGCGGUAGUGGCGGCGGAAUGACAUCCAUACGGGAAUAA